AUGGAAGAGGACGUGAAGGCGGCGCUGGGGCUGGACUGCGCGACUUACACCGCGUAUCGCGAGGUUCGAGUGAUGACGAAGAAGGGCGCGGGCAAGUUUCUAAAGUUCUUCCUGAUCGACGACAAGGAAAGAGAGGUGCUGGCGGCAACAGCCGAAGACCAGGGCGAUGCACACUACCAGUACAAAAACGCGAAGGGCUUUAAUCAGCACGGCAAACUGGAGUCGCAAAAGAGAAGGGAGUUGAUAAUGUGGCUGGAGAAGAUCAUUCGAAGAUCUCAGGCUCAAGUCCACAGCAAGCAGCAGGCAGGUGUAGUGAAGAUGCUGUCCACAGGAACCCACCUGGAGGGCCUCUACUUUGUCGACCAGAGGCAGGAGCGUGUUCAGUGCACCGAUGGCCGCAAGUCCAACAGGUUUUUUCUCAUUGAUCAGUAUGGGAAAGAGCACUUGGCGGUGGUGGGCGAGGAGAGCCAUGCCAGGGAUGGACAUUACCAAUACGCCGCGGUAGAGCCCUUUGCCUCUGCCUGCAGCCUGACCUGCCGAAACGUGUCCCGCGUCUACAACUGGCUCGAGCAGUGGCUGACACACGAUGCCCUCACAGCCACGGAGCACGAGCAGAAGGAACUAUUGACCGAUCAACCCAAUGGGGACCAGAGGGCCCGGCCACGCUUUGUGGUGCUGGAUGUGGUGGAGCCCAAGGUUCUGGAGCUUUCAAGGCUCUCAGGGACUAGAAAAAGGCUGUCCAGCGCUGCAGAGGAAUGCUACAGAAAGAGGAUGCGACUGUUGGCCUCAGAGGAGGUAGCUGCUGCUGAACACUUCCAGGCACGCUGGCUACAGGAGAGACAGAUGACCAUGGUUGCUGAAGCUAAGGACCGCAGGGCUGCUGCACUGACGUCUCUCGCAUGGCUCAAGGAGGCACCCACCAAAGAGCAGGGCUGGUGCACUGCCAUCUUUUGCGGGGCUCAAGGAGGCACCCUUUGA